UAUUUUGCAAUAGCCCUAAUCCAUCAGCCGUUCUCUCGCCUUCUCAUCACGGUCAUACCUUCCAUCACAGCUCUCUCAUCACCGGUCGCGCCUUCCAUCACAGCUCUCUCAUCACGCCUUCCAUCCCAGCUCUCUCAGCCGUUCUCUAGCCUUCCAUCACAGCUCUCUCAUCACGGUCUCGCCCUUCCAUCACCGGUCGCACCUUCCAUCACAGCUCUCUCAUCACGCCAUUCUCUCUCCCAUCUCAGCCAUUCUCUCGCCUUCCAUCACAGCUCUUUCAUCACGGUCUCGCCCUUCCGUCACCGAUCGCACCCUUCCAUCACCGGUCAACGAUUCGAACUUCUUCAAGUGAAAGCUUGAACCAUUACUCUCUCUGUCUUCCUAUUCCCAACCCAACCAUUCCUAUUCCAGACAUCAUCUAAGUAGAUUUUGAAGCAAUUUGGCUUCGAGUGCGUAGGGGAAGAAGUGCCGUCAUCAAGCCGAGAAUACGGAAACAGCCAAAGCACUAAACAAGAUCAGGAGGAAAUAAUCGAUCGUAGCUUGGAUUGUUGGCACAAGUUUUGUCAUUGAUUAGUCUGAUUUUGUUUUUCAGCUAUGUUGAACGCUUGCUUGACCGUAUAAGCAAUGGUGUCCUGGCAGAGGAUAGGAGGACUGCUAUUACCGAACUCAAUCUGUUGUAGCAGAAAGUCAUGCUGCCCAGCUAGCUUUUGGGGCAAUGGGCUUUCCAGUACUUUUGAGUGUCUUAAAGGAGGAGCGAGAUGAUGUUGAAAUGGUUUGAGAGCUUCUACCAGUCCGAGGUGCUCUUGAAACUCUUGUUAGUGCUUUGACUCCAAUUAAUCAUGUAAAAGGGCCAAAGAAUGAGGUUCAACCAGCUUUAAUGAACACUGAUUUGCUUUCUAGGGAAGCAGAAAGCAUUUCUCUUCUUCUAAGUCUGUUGGUAUGUUUCUGGCAGUCGGAGGAGGAUUUCUAUGUACGGUAUUAUACACUUCGACUUCUGACGGCCCUUCUUACAAAUUCUCCAAAUAGGUUACAGGAAGCCAUCCUGACCAUUCCUCGUGGUAUCACUCGGCUUAUGGAUAUGCUUAUGGAUCGUGAGGAAAUUCAAAAAAUCGUGGUCUUUGAAGGUGCUUUUGACAAGAUUUUUAGUAUUGUAAAAGAGGAAGGGGGUUCAGAAGGUGGCGUCGUUGUGCAGGACUGUCUCAAAUUGUUGAACAAUCUCCUAUGUAACAAUGCAUCCAAUCAGGUACUUUUGAGGGAGACGUUAGGCUUUGAUUCCAUAUUAUCAAUUUUGAAGCUCAGAGGAAGUACAUACAAAUUUACCCAGCAGAAGACGAUAAAUCUACUCAGUGCGUUAGAAACCAUUAGUUUGCUAAUUGUUGAAGGUCCGGAAAUUGAGACUGGAAAAGAUGCCAAUAAGCUGACCAACAAAACAGUCUUGGUUCAGAAAAAAGUUCUUGACGAUCUAUUAAUGUUAGGAGUUGAAAGCCAAUGGGCUUCUGUUGCAGUGCGUUGUGCGGAAAACAUAAAAGAACUUCAAAAAAGUUACUCUGACUCACCUAUUGGCAGUUCCAAUGAUUUGUUCUCCAUUGUGAGGGGAGAAGAGAGAACUGGUCGUGUGCGGAUGCUUGGCUUAGGGCUUACACCAAGCGAUGUUUGGGGGCCCUCUCCUAGUAAAGUUGAACUAAUUAAUAAUGCAAAAAAAUCUGAUGAGAGGCACGUGCUGCACGCGUAGAGUUGCAGGAGAGCAUUUCAAAUAUGCAAGCCGAGUAUGACAAGAAGUUGGAAAAUUUACGAGCCAACUAUGAUAAUAUGUUGGAAAAUUUACAACAACAGGUGGUUAUGCUAAUGCAGAUGCAACAACAAAAUUGUAGUGGACAGGGUUCUGAUUCUUUAAAUGCUCCUCCUAGAGUAUCCCCAAAUUCAUUUUAUAGUCGUGAUGCCAAUUCAGUUAAGGGUAAUUCAAAUCUAAUGAGCAACAAGACUUGUUGAAGUUGAAGAUGGGGUCGUGGCUGUGCUUUCUGAAUUUCCUUCGCCUUGGAUGGGUUCUUUUUGAAAAACUUGUACUAUAUUUGUCAAAAAUUCUUAAUUCUUUUUGUCUGACAUUUAGUAGCUUUAUUUAGACAAUUUGGAUGGUAUAUUGGCGGUUAACUUGUGGUUGUAUUAGUAUACAUUUUUGCUUUUUGAUUGACAUUUAUCAGCUUAACUUGUGGUUGUA